AUGUGUGGAAAUUUUGAGCAUUGACUUGAUGACUUAUGUGUGGAAAUUAUUAUUAUUCAUACAUAUUCAUUUCAUCAUAUAUCAAAUGUUUUCCAAGCAAAGCUAAGCAAACCAAACCUAACAGGAAGUUUAAUGUUGUGAGUGUCUCUACAAAGCCACCAUUAGCUGCUAAAAUGGAGUGUUGGGCUUGUAGUAAGCAUAAAUCAUUGCUAUGUUGGCUGUUGAUGUUAAUGAUGAUACAUAUUCUAAUAAUGGCUGGGCAUACACAAGGGGAUUGUGUAGAAGAGGAGAGAAAGGCACUACUGGAAAUCAAAACCUCCUAUAUGAAGUCAUAUGGUUCUGAAAUUGAUAAUUUUCUCCCUACCUGGGUUGAUUAUGGUGGUGGUACCCCUGGGGAUGGUGGCAGCAACUGCUGUGAUUGGGAGAGGAUCAACUGCAGCACAACAACAGUGCAUGUGACAGACCUCUCUUUGUACAAUUUAAGAGGGGUGAUAGGGUUCGAUGCUUACUGGUAUAAGGAUGAAAGCAAGCUGUGGCCAUUGAAUGUUUCCUUGUUUCUUCAUUUUAAAGAGUUGACAAGUCUCAAUUUGUCACAGAAUUCUCUUGAUAAAGAGUUCAUGAAGUCAGGGCUUGAAAGGCUGUCGAGUUUGAAGAAGUUGGAGGUACUAGACCUUAGUGGGAAUCGUGAUAUCGAUAACGACAUCCUUCCAUCAUUAAAGACACUCACUUCACUCAAAGUCUUGGAUCUUAGCGACACUAGCUUGAAUGGAAACUUCCCUACCAAUGAAUUUGGUGCUUUAGAGAACUUGGAGGUGUUGGAUCUAAGCUAUUGUCGCUUCAAUGGUACCUUUGAGGUUCAAGGUUCUGAGAGGGUUUCCAUAUUGAGGAAAUUGAAAAGUUUAAAUCUUGCGGGCAACUGGUUUAAUGAAAGCGUCAUAACAUCUCUAAAAGCCCUUUCAUCGCUUACAAACUUGGAUCUUAGCUACAAUCAAAUGUCGGGAUCAUUUCCAGCUCAAGAAUUCCUUAAUUUGUCUGAUUUGGAAGUCCUCCUCUUGAGAGGUAAUUAUUUCAAUGGAACCAUACCAAUGGAAGCUUUUGCAUCUUUCCACCGUUUGGAGGUCUUAGAUUUGAGUCGAAACAGUUUUGUUGGCAGCAUCCCAUCAGCAAUACAGACAUUAUCAUCCCUAAGAGCUCUCUCAUUUUCUGAAAAUAAUCUUGAUGGCUCAUUAUCAGAUCAUGGGUUGUGUGAGUUGAAGAACCUCCAUGAGUUGGAUCUUAGCAACAACAUGCUCCAUGGAACUCUGCCUGAUUGUUUGAAAAAUCUGUCAUCUCUUAAGUUUUUGGAUAUUUCUUCAAAUCAAUUCACGGGAAUACUUGCGUCAUCACUCAUUGCUAAUCUUACAUCUCUAGAGUACAUUGAUUUUAGUCAUAACGUAUUUGAAGGUUCAUUCUCCUUCAGCUCCUUCUCCAAUCAUAUAAAGCUUCAAUUCGUUCGAUUCAGAAGCGACAAUGACAAGUUUGAGGUGGAAACAGAAGAGCCUAUAGGUUGGAUUCCAAUGUUUCAGUUGGAAAUUCUUGAGCUAUCUAAUUGUAAUAUGAAAAUGCCUCCUGGGUUUCUACUUCACCAGCACAAGUUACGGCAACUGGACAUGUCACAGAACUCCUUGGAGGGACACUUCCCAAAUUGGUUGGUUAAAAACAACACGUAUCUGGAACGUCUUGUUCUAAGGAACAACUUGUUUGUCGAUAUGCCUUUGUAUAGGAAUGCUAAUAUGAAGUUGUUGGAUAUGUCUGGAAAUGGAAUGAUAGGUACUAUUCCCGACGAUAUACCAAAGUUCUUUCCCAACAUAGAGUAUUUGAAUAUGUCCAUGAAUAGUUUAAGUGGUGUUAUCCCAUCCUCAGUCGGUGAAUUGAGUGAAUUAUGGAUAUUGGGUCUAUCUGAUAAUGAGUUAUCUGGAGAAGUACCAAAGGGGUUGUUUACAAAUGUCUCUUGGUGGGGUUUCUUAAAACUAUCAAACAACAAAUUGCAUGGCGAGGUACUCUCAGGAAGCUUAAGCUGGGGUGGACUCCAAUUUGUUUACUUAGACAGCAAUCAUUUCACAGGGAAGAUUGGAAUUAAUAGCAGCAAGGAAACUCAUGAAUCUCUGAAGCUUUUGGAUAUUAGCAAUAACUUGUUUACAGGCAUCAUCCCUGAUUGGAUAGGCAACAUGAGUAGCUUGUCUGAAUUGGUGGUGAGAAAUAAUAGUUUUGAAGGCAGGUUUCCUUGUGGAGCAGCUCCAUUUUCAUUUCUUGAUAUCUCCCAUAAUUCUUUCUCCGGACCCAUCCCGUCCUGUUUGAAUUUGCAAGACAUGGAGCAUCUUCUUUUGGGUUCCAACAAAUUCAUUGGAUCAAUACCCAAAUCCUUUCGUAAUUUGACUCGGGUUUUGACUUUGGACAUUGGCGACAACUCCUUGUCAGGCAGGAUUCCUACAUUUCUUGGUGAACUAUCCACUUUAAGGAUUCUUCUUUUAAGAAAAAACAACUUGAGCGAUUCCAUCCCGAAGCAGUUGUGUCAAUUAAGUAAAGUGAGUUUGUUAGACUUAUCUGGUAACUCACUUUCUGGUUCGGUACCUAGCUGCCUUCAAAAUAUUACCGGCCCAACCGACCUUGCUUUCCUAAAAACUAUCAUGAUGGGGUUUUCCUUUGGUCCCUAUUUCAAUUACGGGAGGAUUCUACGGUGGUCGUUUUCUAGCAACUCCGAGUUCUAUGCAUUCGAAACAGAUGAUGAAGUUGAGUUUACAACAAAAAGGCUUUUUCUCAGCUACAAGGGAGACAUACUUGAUUACAUGGCGGGAUUGGAUUUUUCCUGUAACAAGCUAACAGGUGAAAUCCCACAACAACUUGGAUUCUUAACCCAACUUCGUGCUUUAAACCUGUCUCACAAUCAGCUGACUGGACCCAUUCCUGUGAGCUUCUCAAAUCUUGCAAAAAUAGAGAGCUUGGACCUUUCUUCAAAUGGUUUGACCGACACAGUUCCAUCACAACUCAUUAAACUGACUUUUCUACAAGUAUUUAAUGUUUCUCACAACAAUCUAUCAGGCAGACUCCCAGAAUUUACUGCACAGUUUGGUACCUUCUCGGAGGCAAGCUAUGAAGGGAAUCCACUUCUUUGUGGACUACCACUCGUGAAGAAAUGCACAACUACUAAUUCACAGCUGACCAGUCCAUCAGAUGAAGAAGAAGACAAUGACAAAUGGUAUGAUAUCGAUAUGGCAUGCUUCUACGGAAGUUUUAGUUCCACAUGUGUUGUCUUCUUAUCUGGAUUUGUUGCAAUUCUUUACACCAAUCCUUGGUGGCGUAGAAGGUGGCUCGACUGGGUUGAAGAUUGUAUCUUUACAUUUUAUUACUCCCUUUCUGAUCUGGCAAGGAAGCCUUCCCUGACCAUUCAUAAGCAGGACCUCCAUUAG